AUGUUUAUUGGCCUUGGCGUGUUGCUUGUCAUAUUAGCCAUCCUUUCCGGUGCUAGCAUCUUUUGUCGCAGUGAAUUUCCAUUUACGACAGUACGUCACAUCCGCAUUCUGUGAAAUUUUAACAAUCACACAGUUCUUUGUCCUGUCGAUCCUGACCGCCCUUGUACACAUUGGACUGGGCAUCUUCAUUCUGGUCGUUGGAGGUCGCGUAAGAAUGACUAGUUUUUUGAUUUAAAACUACACACUCUCUCUCCCGCACAGGCUAGUACAGUUUUAAGUUCCCCUAUCACGGAUCAACUUGUUCUCGACCCUGGUGUCAUGGACACUUUGCAGAGUUCGGUAAGCUAAUUUAGUAAAAAAACAAACAAUCCCUGACCAACAGUUGGAAUGCUGCGGAAUGUAUUCUAGUGCUUAUUAUUCCGCGUGGAAUUUGCCACAAUCGUGUUGUCCAGAAAACACCACCGUCUGCGACAAAUCAACUGCCCACCCAGAAGUAAGUUGCGGUUCUUCAAGCGUGCCCAUUUUUGCACGCUCUUUUUAUCCUUUACGAGGCCUUUCCCUUAGAAGACGCAGGAACGAUAAAAUAAGCUUUCGAUUAUAGGCAUAUAUAUAUAUAUAUUAUCGUGUUUAUCAUCCCCCGAAGAGCGGAUGGUCGGAUCUUAUUUCGUAGGCGUACCUGCAGUAGACAAGCCCCAGCAUUGCCCCUAACUCAAACCUUUAACCCCAAAUUCAAACCCUAAACUUAACCCCUAACCCCUAAGAGAUACGGCUACGAAAUAGGAUCUUGAUGAGGCCGAUUUCAUGGACCAGGUUGUAUUCAUACUGCCGUUUCGGAAACUCUCGUUUACAUCAUCAGUCACUCGCUGUCCUUUCCUUUUGCCUUUGAUUUUUUCAGGCUUGCCGCCUGCCUCGUAUUAUAACCGUGGUCAGUACACGUGCGUUGACUAGCCUAUUUGCUGUUGGCUGGUUCUGGCCUGUCUGAUUUCGACCAUUGGCGGACUUGCGUGGCUUGUGCCCCCUUCGCGUCUGCCGUGGUUGCCGCUAAGUCAGCGUGCUAUUCGGCCUCCCCCUCGUCAGACGGUGGACUGGUCAACCGUUGCUGCUCGGGCGUGGUGUUUUCGGCCUUGGGGGCCUGUCCGUGUGAUAGUGUUCCACGCCGGUCACGUGGGUUACGGUUGGCGCCAUCCCUUUUCUCCGCGAGCGUCGACGGUCGGCCCCGUGUGAUUUCUUUCACCCCACCUAUUCAUCCUGUCUGGACUGACUCGAGCCUUGUGCGGAGUGCCUGUUAGGUGGGAUGUAGGUCUAUGACUCGGUUGAGCGUGCCAGUCGAGGACCAACUUUCCAGCACCAGUCUGGCCUAUUGAGCUGCUUAUGUAUUAUAUGUUGCAUGUGUCUUAUGACACAAAGUUCACUGUGGUCAGUAGUAAGCUGGCGGACGGACAGCAUUGAAUCAAGUGAGAAUCUAACCACAGCAAUGAGGGUCAAACGCUUACUUGACAUAUCUAUAUACCUCACUUCCUAUGGCCUACGACGCACUGAUGAUCGGUAUCGACCGUGAAAAAACUGUUUGUGUCUGGCCUGUUGCGCUCCUAGUGAAUUCGUGUUCGCAUGGACCGUAAUUCCCGUCCUAGGCUGGCAAUCUUCUUUACGACCCGGUGACGGCCUGACGGAUAAGUGGCAGUGACGCUCGCAGCAUCGUCGGGUCCGUUUAUGUUACUGCGACCGUCCGUUUACUCACCUGUCGGACACAAAUUUGCCUGGGACAGGACCCGCAUUGUAGGUGUCUGCUCAUCUAAAAAGGGCCGUGAAUUUUUAGAGGCCAUUCAUUCUGAUAACGCAUGCAUCAAACGACACGUAUAAUUGGAUACGGUGUACAAUAGCCUCAAGGAAAAGUGGAAAAGGCAUUAGACAAUCAGAACAAUACACCAGCAGGAAUGACAAGGCAAAAUCGAUUUUUUCGGCAUGUUUAAAUGUUGACUGUUUUGCACACUUACUUCACGUCUGAAGACGACUUGGGGAACCAAGAUCGAAAAUUUACAAUAAAACUUGUUAAUCUUUCCCAAACAGCUUAUUUCUUUCGAAUUACGAUUCUUGGGAUGCCUGUUUUCAAAUAUAUAUAUAUAUAUAUAUGUACUGGAAGAUGGGCAUCCCAAGAAACAUAAUUCGAAGAAGAAUGAGUCCUUUGGGAAAAUGAACAAACUUUAUUUCGUAAAUUUUCGAGUCUGGUUCCUCAGCUCGUCUUCAGACGUAUAGUAAGUGUGAAGAAACAGUCAAAAUUUAAACAAUACCGAAAAAAAUCCAUAAUGGUCUGUCAGGACUGAGGAUGGGUUGAUGCUGUGGGCUGAUGUCACGUCUUGAUUGGCUAUUACCUUUUCCAUUUUUCUUUGAGACUUGUGUACAUGGUACCAAGGUCGAUGCGUCGAUUGAUGCAUGAAUCAUCAGAGUGAAUGGCCUCUAGGAAUUCUCGGCCUUUCUUAUAUGGGCAGGAACCGACAAUGCGUGUUUUAUCCCAAGCGAAUUGAUGAUUCAUGCAUCAAUCGACGCAUCGACCUUGAUACCAUGUACACAAGUCUCAAAGAAAAAUGGAAAAGGUAAUAGCCAAUCAAGACGUGACAUCAGCCCACAGCAUUAACCCAUCCUCAGUCAUGACAGAGCAAUAUCGAUUUUUUUCGGCAUUGUUUAAAUUUUGACUGUUUCUUCACACUUACUACACGUCUGAAGACGAGCCGGGGAACCAGACUCGAAAAUUUACGAAAUACAGUUUGUUCAUUUUCCCAAAGGACUCAUUCUUCUUCGAAAUAUAUAUAUAUAUAGCACCGUGCUCAGCUCGUUGACGGAGGGGAGAGUGCGACAGAUGCUGCGCAAGUCACCGAUGCUGCGUCCACCACACUGUACGGUGCACAAAGGCAUCGUCUUUGGCGACGGCCGAAAUGUCGUAUAGUAAAAAGUGACCGUUUGAUCGGUUCCUAUCUUUCCUGAAGUGCUGGCAUUAAAAACCUCGUGUUAUAAGACUUCAUUGCGUUACUGAAAUGAAUGUUGAAUGCUGUGGACUUUCGAAGCUCCAUCGGAGUUCUGUAAGUCAGAAGUCAUAGGGUGCUAGAAGUUUGGUUUCAUCUUUCAGGAGAAGACUUUCAAUUAAAUUCAUGUUCGAGAAUGUGUGUUUUGAGUGCAAAAUCUAGUAAAAAGGCUAGAAUUGAAUGUCAUAUGUAUACACCAUUUCUAUUUUUUCUGAUUUUAGGGCUGUGCCGGCAAAAUACUGGAUAUAAUGAAUCCGUUCUAUAAAGGAGUAGGCGGAUUCCUCAUAGUACUAUGCAUAGUACAGAUGCUUGUUGCUAUUGUGCUUUGUGCAUUUUCGCCGACAAGCGGGGAAGAGACGGACAUUAAGGGGAUUUCCACUUCACACGACUGAAAACGAUAAUAACAACUUGUUUCCGUUGCAGCGAUGCAUAAUAAAGGUGAAUUCUAACAGUGUGUAUGUUCUGAGAAAAAUGAAAUGCCUUCCAGAUCAAGGUGAUUGUAUUGUUGACGUUUUGGAGAGCUUUGCCGACCCAACAUUAUCAAAGCCUUUAGCGAAAAAAUCUACCAGAAUUUUGAAAAGGCGGCCGAAUUAGUUGGCUUUGGGCCAAUAGAUUUUUUUCUUCUUUCGCUGUUCUGGUCCUCUGACCGUCGUUUGUGAAUGCUGGUGGCCUCUUUUGUUGUUUGUCGUCACGUCAAUUGGAGUUUCUUGCGUUUUUGCGCCCUGUUUUGGGUGAAUUAGUCAACGGGCUGUGUUUGCUCGGCAUUUUGAAGAUGCAUGUGACCUUCUUGACCUGGUCAUGACGUAUGUAAUCACCUAGGACUUUAUAGGCCGCAGUGAAUAAUUAUAUAGAGCAGAGCAACAUUUCAAAACGGACCUUAUCGUAAGUCACGCACUACAAGAUGUUGCAGAUGUAUAGGGAAGAGAGAUUGAAAAUCUAGCGUUCCUUAUUGAUUACAGGCUUCCUGUGCUCACUUGAGAAAUAAUGAGUAAGUUUCUUCAGCAUACAGUACGUGAACCGACUCCUGAAGUAGGCAUGUAGUUGCAAAAAUUUCCAAUGACACCGAAGCCAGUCCACACAUAUAGAGCAAAACAGCCAAUUAAAUGUAGACUAACUUAAGUCGAUGGAAACACUGAAGAUGUGUUUAAAGUCAGAGUAGAUUUGAUUAGAAAUACAGAGUAGAAGAAAAGCUGAAAUGACGAAAACGUAAAAAUACAGGCCUUUGGCUUUUUCUGCCGCGACAAGAUCUGUAAAUGUCUAUAUGAAUUAUGUAACGCCGAGUAGGUACUUGGCAACGGUAAGAUGUAGGACCCCGACUAACUUGAGGUUAACUGGUGAUAGAGGGGCUUUUACGGGAGGGGCAACAUGCAGAGAGAAGAGCAGGCGGAAUACAAGGAAACACAGAAAAUAGAUAAAUUUCUAUCGAACGUUUUAUUGUAUGCUGUCAUAUGGCAAAGAAGGUGAGUUAGAUAAUUUAAAAAAUUGAAAAACAGCAAUUUUCGAGUAAUGACAGAUUUUAAAUAAACCGCCACUGGCAAGUUAACAUCCGGUCAGGAAACCAAAGAUACCUCAACCGAGAAAAACGUGAAUAAUAAGUGCGGUUUGCGGUCAUACAUCACAUGUUGGAGGUGUCAGCUAAUUGGAGCCUCCCACCUACUGUUACCCAGGUCCUUUCGUUGGAGAAUUCCUGGUCUAUUAAAAGGAGGCUGUUUAAAUUUACUUUGCGUUCGAUCUGCUAAGUCAUGUGUGCCUACGCACUUGCUCACUUACACAGCACUGCAGGAACAAAGGGAUGUUCUGUGGGCACUUAUAUCAUUACAUAAAAUAUAAUGAUUGAAUUGCUGCAUACACCAUAGUCCAUGGAAAAUGGGGAUGUCUGUUACACGGAGGCCUUCCCUAAUUAUUCCACAAAACUCAUAAUUAGAAGAACGAACAAUCUCGAUUGCAAAAAGGGGAAGCUUACGCUGAGGUGAUUAUUCAGUUUCAUGGGUGUGACAACUAUAAGGAGGAGAACAACAUCCCAAACUGACCUUAUCGUAAAUUAAGCACUGCAGGAUGUUGCAGGAGUUUAGAGAAGAGCGAUUAAGAAUAUUGCGCUCCUUACUGAUUACAGACAGUUUGGUUGAGAAAUACUGAGUAAGGUUCUUCAGCACACAGUGCAUGAUGAUGAUGAUGAUGAUGAUGAUGAUGAUGAUGAUGAUGAGGAGGAGGAGGAGGAGGAUGAGGAUGAGGAUGAGGAUGAUGAUGGUGGUGGUGGUGGUGGUGGUGAUGAUGAGGAUGAUGAUGAUGAUGAUGAUGAUGAUGAUGAGGAGGAGGAGGAGGAGGAGGAGGAGGAUGAGGAGGAGGAGGAGGAGGAUGAGGAUGAUGAUGGUGAUGAUGAUGAUGCUGCUGCUGCUGAUGAUGAUGAUGAUGAUGAUGUCGCCCAACUGACUUGCCGAUGGGCUUAUUUGACAAUAAAGUUAGCCAGUACUUGUUUGAUUAUCAUGUGA